GUCUCGUUUACAUCCACCGUCAUCUGGCAGCAUCAGUCCUGUCCUCUCCGGACCAGAGGCGAUCUGAUCUGCUCCAGACCCGCCUCUCACGGCGAGCUCGUACGCUCGAGACAGGCGUUAAGCAGUCGCCUUGCCCUGCAGGAAAGGGUGUCGAAGCUGCCGAGGCUCCUGUGCCUCCCUGUCACCUUUGCCCCCCUCUCCCAUCCGAAACACUGGACACACAGAAGCUGCCGGAGGACGGCGAGAGGCCCGUGAAGCUGGGGGUGGUACCGGAAUCGCAGCCUGUCGGAGCGCCUACAGAGAGGCACAGUCGUGGGGACGCGCCGACGAGCAUGGACGGGCUGGCGGUGGAGGUGCGCGGCUCUAACGGGGCCUUCUACAAGGGUUUCGUCAAGGAUGUACAUGAAGACUCUCUCACAAUAGUCUUUGAAAACAACUGGCAACCGGAGAGACAGCUGCCCUUCAGUGAUGUGAGGUUGCCACCCCCACCCGAUUACCACAAGGACAUUGGUGAAGGAGAUGAGGUGGAGGUUUACUCCAGAGCAAAUGAGCAGGAACCCUGCGGCUGGUGGCUGGCGAGAGUGAGGAUGAUGAAGGGAGAGUUCUACGUGAUCGAGUAUGCAGCCUGCGACGCCACAUACAACGAAAUUGUCACAUCGGAACGGAUCCGGCCGGUCAAUCCCAACAGCCCCUCUUCUGAAAACUCCUUCUACAAAGUUCCCAUCCCUGUACCCGAAGACCUCAGAGAAAUCUGUUUGACCGAGAACAUCCACAAAGACUUCAGGAAAGCUAUCGGAGCCAACUGCAUCUUCUACAACACUUCAACGCAACAACUUAUCGUCCUGUCCACGAAUGAGUCCACAGUGAAGAGAGCCGGCCUGCUGAGUGACAUGCACUUCCGAAGUAUUCGCACCAAACUUAUGUUGAUGUCCCGCAACGAGGAGGCCACCAAACACUUAGAGACGAGUAAACAGCUGGCGUCUGCGUAUCAGGAGGAAGUGAGGGUGCGCGAGGAUCUAAUGGGUCUUGCCAUCGGUUCACACGGCGCCAACAUCCAGCAGGCCCGCAAAGUUCCCGGUGUGACUGCCAUAGAGCUGGAAGAAGAGAGCUGCACGUUCAGGAUCUACGGAGAGACCCCAGAGGCAGUUAAACAGGCCAGGACAUAUCUGGAGUUUAAGGAAGAUUCCUUCCAGGUACCGAGAAACCUCGUAGGCAAAGUCAUCGGUAAGAAUGGUAAAACUAUCCAAGAAAUUGUGGACAAAUCCGGUGUGGUUCGAGUCAGGAUCGAAGGGGACAAUGACAAAAAACUGCCCAGGGAGGAGGUAGGCAGGCAGGGGUCUGGCAGAGACAACACUGUUGGCGGCCAAGAGGGAAUGGUUCCCUUUAUUUUUGUUGGAACUAAAGAGAAUAUCAGCAAUGCCCAGGCCUUGCUGGAAUACCAUGUGGCUUACCUACAGGAGGUGGAGCAAUUGCGUCUUGAGCGUCUACAGAUUGAUGAACAGCUUCGUCAGAUUGGUGUGGGAUACCGUGCACCCCCAAGCCGCUCUGGCUCAGGGGUCGCUGGUGAGCGUGACAGAGGUUACCUUACAGAUGAGAGCACCAACUCCCUGCAGACCACACGCACAUAUGGGGGAAGAGGCCGUGGACGCAAACCAAACAACACGUACUCUGGAUAUGGAACAAACUCUGAGAUGUCCAACGCUUCAGAGACGGAAGAGAUAGUGGACCGAGAUCCCAGGCCAAGAGGUGUUGGAGGAGAUGAUAGAGGCUCUAAACGUGGCGGGCGUGGUCGUGGCUCCAGCACUGGCAGGGGCCGGGGAGGACAGGCACCCAGAAACGCCAACACUAUCAGCUCAGUGCUCAGAGAUCCAGACAGUAACCCGUACUCUCUGCUGGAGGGUGAGUCAGAGGUCGCCGGCGAUACAGAUGCCAGCGAAAGCAUGGGUGGGAACGACCGCAGGAGACGUUCACGUCGUCGCCGUAACGACCAGGAACCCAGCCUGAUGGAUGCAGUCGCUAACGAAUCAGACGGUCAGGCACCCGCCAGUGAGAACGGACUGGAGGAGGAGGGCAGACCCCAGCGCCGCAACAGAAGCCGCCGUCGCCGUAACCGUGGCAACCGUCCUGAAGGAGGCUCUGCCAGCCGUGACCGACAGCAAGAAACUGUUGCUGACUUAAUCUCUCGUGCCGAAUCCAAUAGCAGACAGAACCUCCCAGGAAAGGAUGACAAACAGCAUGCAGCACAUACCAAGGAAAACGGAACUAGCUUGGAUAAAGAAGAGCACUCUCCCUCCAAGCGUUCCCCUAGCAACGGCGUGGCAUCGCCCGGGGAGGCUCUGCCGCUGAUGAACGGCGUGUCGUAAAAGUCACGUCGCCCCCCCUCAAGACCCACGUCUAGAGCAAGACACCACAGCGAACUCUGUCCCUGCUUGCAUUCACGUAAACCUUUAAACUGACGAAUGAAAAUCGACUAAAUCCUUGAAAUCAUACACAAGUUUACGAGAAGAAAAAGAUACAAAAAAAAAAUGACGAACACAUCUACUUUAAACCACACAUAACAGUGUAUGUUUAUCUUAUCUAUCAGUACCUAGUGCUUAUUUAAGACAAGCUUGCCAAAAAUGAGCUGAUGGAUGUGACUUAAAUUUCUGACGUAACACAGAAAACAGGACGUGACUAUUUGGGAUUUAUUUUGGAGAUUUUUCGUGUUUUGUUUUUUGUUUUGCUGUUGUCGUCGCUGUCAUUAUUCGUUUUUUUGUUUUGUUCGUACUCACUGGUGUGGGAUUGUGAAAACACUCCCAAACAGACGCAUCUCUGAAACAGUGUUAGCAUACGAGAGAGGAGCUAGUGGAGAGGUAAUAGGAUGAGGGCGGAGCCUCUUCUAGUGAUUGACAGUCGAGUAUGUGGUACUCUGAAAAUAAGGGCAAACCGGUGGAAAGGGAGAGACAUUGUGCCUUGAAUUUGAAAAACUUGAGUAUUUUUCCUUGAUAUUUACGUUGUUCAUGGGAUGAAGUAGAUGGUUCCUGUUUUGUGGUGUUUUUAUUUUGUCCAAGAAGAUGAAAGGAUUAUUAAGAGUAUGAGUUUAAGAUUAGAUGGAGAAGACGUAUAAUAAUGCCAAACGUGAAAUUACGACAUCUGUCUACCGUCAAGUCAUUAUUUGAAAGCCGUUAAUGCGUGUAUGAGUGUGUAUCUGUUUGUACGUGUAUAGUUGUCAGAGAUGCAGGAAGAGCAUUCAAAUGUGGAGGAACGUUACAUGAUCCUGUGAGAACAGACUCUUAAAUAAGUGGAAAGCAGAGAAAGGGGUCUUUCUUUCCUGCAUUCAGAGCCAGGGUCCUGGGUCUCUGCUGUAGUGGAAGCAGCCUUACCAAACCCAACCAUAGAGAGAGAGAGGUGAACGCUAAACUGACAGGUUCAGAUGGGAGUGGAAGGUUACAUGCGCAUUUAUAGCUUCCAGUCCUUUGUCUACAACUGACUGAAGGGAGGGGUUGUCACGUCACUGGCGCCCCCUCUGGUGUGGAUGGUUGGUCUUUGGUUAAGAAGGCGCUCUGGGAACAGUGCAACCUCAUAAGAUGAAAGCUAGACAGAACGGAUGCAUUCAUUCACACGCACUCGCGCACACAUCUGAAAGCUUUGUCUUCGUAAUACACUCCAGUUUACGUCACACAAGUGUUUUGGCCUCUUCGGUAUCUGUCGGAGAGGUUUAACGUUGCACCAGAGAAACUGUUCAAGGUGUUUGUCAUGUCCCUAGUUGUCAUGAUUGAAAAAGGUUAGGGACCCCUCUCCCUUACUUUAAUACUGUCGUCUUUGUUCCUGCUCUCAAAGUGUUUUUUUUUUUUGUUCUUUCCACAUCAUAAAAAACAAAGAAUAAAAUAGAAAUGAAAUAAAUUAUUUCUGGAAUGAUACCA